UUUAACCUUUAACCUGCUGCUGGGGGCAUCGGAGAGAAACGCCUCCGUGUCUAUAUAAGGCAUUUCCGGCCUUAUUGCGGGCCUUUUUCCAUCUUAGCGCUCGGCAGCGACCGUCUGCGCUCCUCUUUUCCUCCACUGCCGCCCAGUUCCCUGUCAGCCGUCGCCAUGGGUUUUGGAGACCUGAAAAGCCCCGCCGGCCUCCAGGUGCUCAACGACUACUUGGCGGACAAGAGCUACAUCGAAGGGUAUGUGCCGUCACAAGCAGAUGUGGCAGUAUUUGAAGCAGUCUCCGGCCCACCACCUGCCGACUUGUGUCAUGCCCUACGUUGGUAUAAUCACAUCAAAUCUUACGAAAAGGAAAAGGCCAGCCUGCCAGGAGUGAAGAAAGCUUUGGGCAAGUAUGGCCCUGCUAACGUGGAAGACACCACAGAAAGUGGAGCUACAGAUAGUAAAGAUGAUGAUGACAUUGAUCUCUUUGGAUCUGAUGAUGAGGAGGAAAGUGAAGAAGCCAAGAGGCUAAGAGAAGAACGCCUUGCACAGUAUGAGUCAAAGAAAGCCAAAAAACCAACACUUGUUGCCAAGUCUUCCAUCUUAUUAGACGUGAAACCUUGGGAUGAUGAGACAGAUAUGGCAAAACUAGAGGAGUGCGUCAGAAGCGUUCAAGCAGACGGCUUAGUCUGGGGCUGUUCUAAACUAGUUCCGGUGGGGUAUGGAAUUAAAAAACUUCAAAUACAGUGUGUAGUUGAAGACGAUAAAGUUGGAACGGAUAUGCUGGAGGAGCAGAUCACUGCUUUUGACGAGUAUGUGCAGUCUAUGGACGUGGCUGCGUUCAACAAGAUCUAAAAUCCAUCGUGGAUCAGUGCUCUUAAAUAAAAGCUCGAAAGACA